AUGAAUUUCGAACGAUUGGUCAAAGAAAUACUCCUCGAUAUCUUCGAAUAUCUUAAAGGUAUUCAUUUAUUUCAAGCAUUUUCAAAUCUCAAUUCUCGUUUUAAUAAUCUUCUUAUUAUUCAUUUUCGAACUCAUGGUCUCGAUUUACGAACAAUAUCGAAACAUGAUUUUAAUACUCUAUGUCAACAAAAUCUUCCUUGGAUUGCUAAGCAUAUUACUAAACUUCGUCUUUCGGAUGAUGAUGAUACACCAAAUCAAAUUAAUUUAUUUCUUUCUCAAUCUUUUACAUUUCGUCAAUUUGUUCAAUUAAAAAUAUUAUCACUCUAUCAUAUAUCUUCAUCUGAAAUCAUUCAAAAAGUUGUCUGUCAACUUCGUUAUCUUCCUCUUCUGACUCAUUUUGAUUUAAUCAAUUGCCGUUUAACAUUUCAUCAAAAAAUAUUGCAUGAUAUUCUCAAUCGUAUUUGGCUUUUACUACAACUUAGCCAUGUUCAUCUUGAUUUGAUUUUUGCCAAUGCAAAUGAAUUUACUACUCCAACAAUUCGAUCAAAAUCUAUUAAAUAUUUAAUUAUUGAAAAUACUUCGUUAAAUUCUAUUCAAUUAAUUCGAUUAUUUCGAUGUACACCAUAUCUUCGACAUUUAACUGUUAUAAUCGAUCAGUUCUCUAAUGAUACACAAUUUCCAUCUAAAAUCGAAACGGUUUCUUCAUUAAAACUUGUUGUCGAUCAUUUAACUAAUGGAACACUUAAUCUAUUGAAAAAUAUGCCUAAUUUAACUUCUUUAACGCUUCAAACUGAAAAAAACCAUAUGAAUGGUCAUCAAUGGAAACAAUUCAUUAUUGAUUAUCUACCAAAAUUAAAAAUAUUUCGAUUUGUUAUGCUAUGUAAUGUUAAUAAUGAAAAAGAAAUGAAUGAAAUGUUUGAUUCAUAUCGAACACCAUUUUGGAUUAAUGAACGAAAAUGGUAUAUUCGAUGUCAUUGGAAAUUAGAAAAUAAUGAAAUCGCGAUUUUAUUAUAUACUUUACCAUAUGCUUUACAGAUUUAUAGUUGUCUCUUCGAAAAUUCUAAUGGUCAUACUAAAUCAACAUGUCCUAAUGAAGAUGACUAUUGUUCUUAUAGUCGUGUAACUAAAUUACUUCAACAUUGUUCAAUAUCAAAUGAUUGGUUUCUCUCUCAUAUUCGCUUUUACAAUAUUCGACAUCUUGAAUUAACACUUCCGGUUGCUGAUCAAAAUUUGUCGACUCUUCCUCGUUUCGAUCAAUUAAUUUCUCUCGAUGUAUCAAGUGAUGCCGAUGUUGAUGGUAAUAUUGUUUUAUCUCAAUUGCAAAGUCUUAUUAAUCGAGCACCUAAUCUACAUUUUUUGAUUAUUGGUCAUUGGGAUUCAUCAAGUGUUCAACAAAUACCAUUAUAUAUUACUAGUAAUUCAAUUCGUCGACUCGAUUUACAAAGUUAUCAUUAUGCAAAACGUGAUCGUUGUUUCAACAUUGAGCAAUGUAGAACAUUUCUUACUACAUCUAUUGCUAAACAAUGUCAAGUUCUACAAAUUGUUGUUAACGAUAAAUCAAGUAUAAAAGAGUUAAUCAAUAGAAUACCCAAUCUUCAAGCAUUGAAGGUGGUAUUUCAACCUGGUGAUCGGAACAAUCAUUAUCCUGGCAGACGAGUUAUGAUUAGAUGGCUGGCAUCUGGAUUUUCGCGUACUGUUACAGAGAACUUAAUUGGUACUGAAACUUCUCGAUUUUGGAUUCGUUAA